GUUGCGGCGGGAGAGCGGCGGCCCGGAGAGCGACUGCCCCGCUCGCGCUGCUGCUGCCGCCGCCGCGACCGCGCGCAGCCAUGUCCGAGGAGAAGCCCAAGGAGGGCGUGAAGACUGAGAAUGACCACAUCAACCUGAAGGUGGCCGGGCAGGACGGCUCCGUGGUGCAGUUCAAGAUCAAGAGGCACACCCCGCUGAGCAAGCUGAUGAAGGCCUACUGUGAGCGGCAGGGCUUGUCAAUGAGGCAGAUUAGAUUCAGGUUCGAUGGGCAACCAAUUAACGAAGCGGACACACCUGCGCAGCUGGAGAUGGACGACGAGGACACCAUCGACGUGUUCCAGCAGCAGACGGGCGGUGUGACCAGCCGCUUGCAGGGGCGUGGCCUGUUUUCCAUCCUUGCGUUUGCUGUUGAAUAGUGAGACCAUGCAGUCACAAAGGAGUCUGCAGAAACUCAAGGACAUGCAGCGAAAUGACUUCCUCUCUGGCUCAAACUCUUCUCUGCAGGGACGAAUCCACGACUGAAAUGGGGCCAAUCAGAAUUGUUAUCUUUGUUUAGGUAAAAUGAGUUUUUGGGGUUUUUCAUUUUUAUUUGUCCCCUCCUUUGCUCCCCAAACCUGUGGCCUGAGUGUGGGUUCUCGAGGACGGGCCUUGGCUCCCCUGUGCCAGGCUCGCCUUGAUCCUGUCCAUAACUCGCAAUUGGGGGGGUGGAAGACAGGACCUCACUUACCACUUGUAGGCACGGGUUGUUGAAAUGCUCGAUAUUGGAAAUUUAAGCCUUGUCAAGUUUGGUAAUGUGGAAGGGGAAAUCUGGAAUGCUUCUUAAAAAGUAAAAACAUAAAAACAAAAAAACAAGUCCUUUAGUAAAAUGGCCCAAGUGCUCUCUGCCCUGUUGAGUGUGGCCCCUUGGGUCCAAGGCCCAGCAGCCCCAGCUCAGCUCAGCACCUAGUGAUUUGUACAUGGGCAGAGCCUGGCACACCAAAAAUUGGCUUUUUUCCUUUUAUUAACAUAGAAGAAAGUCACUACCACCUUUCUCCUUUGUUAAUAGUAUUGUGGUCUCAGAUUUCUUCUAGUAUUUGCUCUGAUGAACAAUUACGGUCUCUAUAUGAAAAAGUAAGGUUAAGUAUUGCUGACUUUCCAGUUUGUUCUUGUGUAGAGAGCCACUUCCGAGGGUGGUGACCUCUAACCCAUGGGAAGAGGACCUCUAUGGAUCUGUGCUAUGCUGCUUUCCAAACACGUACUGAAUUUAUGCAUUAGUAGGGGUUUCAGUUCUGUGAAUGUAUUUUGGGAUGUGUACCAAUUAAAAUGUUCAUAGUUCUGCCUUUGUCCUCCUAGAAGGACCACUGCUGCUGGUGGCCUUCUCUGCCUUUUUUAUAGUCAGCUGAAGGAGUCCGCAUCUCUGGCUUGCUUGAAAUCUUGCUGAAGAUGUUCUCAUUUCCUGUUUCACUGUUCGGGUUCAGUGGGGUGUUUGUUGGCUCUGUUGUGUUUACUCGCCAAUUUGUACAUAACUGUUGUCCUUUCCUACUGUACACAGUAAAUAUAGUUUGGUAUCCUGUCUCUUGGUGUAUAU